AUGGGCGGCUAUACUCCCCUAAAAUCGAUGGCAGCCAUAGUCGUACCUCACGGCGGGCUCCGACUAACCCCGAAAAUCGGCCGUUCCGCGGAGCUGCUCCGCCUCGCGCCCGUCCCUAAGGCUUAUUUCCACCCCGGCGUUAAAGCGAUGCGCCGAGCGGGAACUAUAAUGAAUAAUACACUGACCAUUAUUACGUUUGGUUCGCUUCUGUCCUCAACAAUGCAGGAAAGACAAUCACCGAUCUUUUCGUUUCCCAGACUUACCACAUUCCACAUAGCCUUGCCAUUCAACACUUUUAUAUAUAUGCGCAUAUAUGACUAUAAUUACAUAUAUGUAAAUGCGUGGCCCAUAUAUGAUAAUCUUCCCCAGGUUCUUGUUGUAACGCUUCAACAGAUGUCUGAUCCUCGCACAAAUAUAACAUUACCGUCGAUCAAAUUUCUAUUAUCCAGCCUCGAAGGUCAGGUGGAAUUUCAGACCCCAGUGCCUAAACCUUCUACGAGGGCACCCUCCGGUUGCAGUUGCAACUGUAAGGGCCAUUCGAAUUAUAUUCCGCGUCCCAAGAACGCUUUUAUUCUCUAUAGACAGCAUUUACACCAAUUUUUAUUUCCAAAGGAUAAAGCAAUGCUAGGAUCUCAAGAUUCUUUCAAAACCAAUAGUCUGGUCUCACGGGAAAUUGGUAGACGUUGGAGAAGUUUAUCACCUCAGGAAAAGAAGCAUUGGCAAGAUUUAGCUGAUAAUGAGAAGGAAUUGCAUAAGGAAAAGUAUCCGGGCUACAAAUACGUACCAAGAAAACUAAAGAUCGGUGCACGCCCCAAAGGCUCACAAUGCCUUGGUACUUGUGACUAUUGCACUCAAAAGAAGGCUACUUGA